ACGCCGUCUGUGUCAAUUUCCUCCGCUCAAAAAAAAAACGAGCAAUUUCCUCAGCAAAAGCCAUGUCGCCGCCGGCCGUCCUGGUUUCCAACGGCGCCGUCUCCCCGCACGCUCCUCCUUCCGCGGCUGCUUUCCUCGAGUCCACUCCGGGAGCCUACACUACCGCGCGCGCAUCCUCCACCGGCCUCAUCCUCUGGUGGCCACGCCACCUCCUCCGCCUCGCCGACUCCGCGCGCCUUCUCGCCCAAUCCCGCCCCCACCUCCUCGGCCUCCCUGCCCCGCCGCCGGGUACUCUCUCCACAGCGCCCAUCGAGCCUCUCGUUAACCAAUCCGUGCGGGUCGGCGUCCACGAGAUGCGGAGCCGGAUGCUGGCGCUUGGGGAGUGCUGCUCGGGGGAAGAUAUGGCGCUCACGGCGUUGGUUCGAGCUGGUGGGGCGGCGGAGGGUUUGGAGGUUUGCGUCCACUUGGGUGCGUACGUGCCUCCGGUCUUCGGGGACGCCGGGGCGAGGCUUGCAGUGGCCGGGAGCGGAAGGGAGGCCGCCGCCGCCAAGUACGCUCCUUGGGCCAGGAUGAGGAAGAGUAUGGAGAAGAUGAGGCCUCCUGGAGCCACGGAGCUCUUGCUGACCAACGAUGGGGAUCGUCUUCUUGAAGGCAGUGUUACAAACUUCUUCGUCGUCUGCCGGAAGGAGGAACGUCAGUCAAAUGAACCCUUGUCUGUUCAAACAAUGGCAAAUAAGUUUGAAGUACAAACAGCUCCACUAAGCGAUGGAGUUCUCCCUGGAAUUAUGCGCCAGAUAGUCAUUGAGGAAUGCCAUGAUCUUGGGAUCCCAGUACGUGAGGUCUCACCAUCAUGGUCCAAGCGUGAACUUUGGGAAGAAGCCUUUGUUACAAGUAGCUUAAGGCUUAUCCAGCAUGUGGAGACAGUUCAGGCACCUUUACUAUGGGAGGACAUAGAAACAAAAACCUGGAGUGAUGUAUCUUGGGCAGUGAAGCAAUUUCAGGGCGCUGGACACAUCACCACACAGAUACAGAGGAAAAUAUCAGGGAGAGCAAUAACUGAGGAAUAUGACAUAAACUAUUUCUUGUGAUUUAUGAAUUGUCAUGAUUUCUGGGUGAUGGGUCUUGGCUUGACCUUCAUUUGUUCUUCAGAUAAGGCUGCCUAAUCAAAACGGAGCUUCUAGUGUUGCCUUCAUGCAAGGACUGUUCAAGAAUUUAGAGAAAUGGUUCCAUGUUGUCCGUGAGAGAUGCGUACCGUGUCCGUGUGUGUUGUGUGUGUGUGUGUGUGUGUGUGGUGUUGCUGUGCCUGGGAGGAGAGAACGACCAGCUCCACCUCUUCUAGGUCAGCACAUGGGUUGGGCCCUAUGGGCCUAAGACAGAUGGGCAGGGUCCAUACCGGUUUAACACUUCCUCUCAAGAUGACAAGAUGGAUGGUAGAUAUAGAUCAAUUCCAUCUUGUCACAUGCAAGUUACAGCCCUUUGUCAAGCAGUCUGCAACCUGCUGUCUAGAGCUGACAUGAGUAAGCCUGAUGAUCACAAUAUUAAGUUUCUUAUUACUAAAAAAGCGAUCAAUUUCUA